AUGACGACAGCGAUGCAUCGCAACGGCGGCAAGCGAACCGCCGUUGUCAAAGGCAAACCACGCGUUCCCGCACCGGCUACUCCUUGGCGUCCGCGCAUCUCGCGCAAGUCUCCAGCUCUCACUGCCGAUGAUCAAGAGGAUCAGCCUAGCCCGCUCGAUCGCAAAGCCGUCAACACGGCCCUCCAUCUCAAGUUCGGAUCGAAGACCGAGCCUAUUGCAGCUUCACCCGCCCCGACGUCGGCGACGCUCGUACCUGGUGCUGACAAGGAAGAGUCAGUCGGACCCCAACUGGUCGGAGAUGCGUAUCGACGCAAUGUCCAGGAGCCCGGUGCGCCCAAAUUGGAGCAGGGCGUCGAGUGGCCCGGCGACCGAUGGAGUCCGAUGCGCUCGGACUUUGGCAUCAGCACUGGUCCUCUGGACGAGGGCCAAGCACGCAUUCACGCUUUUCAACGAGGACUUCCGGCAUUUCAUUUCCGUCCUGGCUCGGCUGCUGACGCAUACGACGCAUCCGCGCGACGUGCAGACGAUUGCCUAGCGUUCGACCUAAAUCACGAGACCAAUGUCUACGUCAAUGGACUUCCAAAAGAAAUGACCGAUCAUAUGCUGUAUCUGCUCGGCUCGGCAUGCGGAGUGGUCAUCAGCCACAAAGCAAUGCUCGAUCGUCUAACGGACCAGUGCAAAGGCUUCGGCUUCCUGAUGUAUGCCAGUGCCGACAUGGCCAAGCAUGCGAUCGAGUGGCUCAACAGCCAUGGCUUCGCUGCUUCCUUCGCCAAGGAAUCAUUCUCGGCCAAGCUCCGUCGCAUGGCGGACACCAGCUCGACUAACGUCUACCUCAGCAACCUUCCCAUCAAGUUCACAGUCCAGCAGCUGGAGCAGCUCUUCGUUCCUUACCCCAUCGCCAGUCUCAAGAUUCUGUACGACAUCCAUGGCGAGAGCCGAGGGGUUGGUUUCGUUCGGCUGUACGAUCGAGCAGCUGCCAAGGUGUGCAUCGAGAGGCUUCACGGUCGGGUGCUGCCGGGCACGACGCUGCCGCUCCGAGUGCGAUUUGCAGACAGCGAUGCGCAAAAGCACCUCAAGCACUCGGUAAGCCAGAAGCACACGCUCGAGUCGCUCGGCCUGCUCAUGCUCGACGCCAGAGCGAGUGGCCAGCCUGUCCAGGGUCUGUGUCGGGGCGAGCUCGAUGCUGCCGUUUCAGCACAGCCUCGCAACACGGGUACGAUGCCGCGUCCUUUCAUCCCCGCUGCUACGUCGCUUCCCGUCGCCGAGGGAGGCUCUCCGCCUGUCGUCGAGCAGGGCUGGCAGGGUCACAACGGACUUGGCAUCCAGAUGCCAAGCCAGCUGAUGUUCGCACACCCUCGUGUCAACCAGAUCCUCCAUCCUGCCAUGUGGCCUUCUGUCGCGACCGCCGGCGUUGUGUACACGGGUAUGGAAGGCAACUUCCCUAUCGAUCGAUCCUAUCCGAUGUCGCCCGUCGUCGCUGGCGUCUACGAUAGCCACAAGGGAUCUCACGGUGAGCCUGCUGGCUACCUGCCUAUCCCGCUGCACCCGCCUCCUGGCCUGGUCCAUCCCUCCCACCUUACCAAUCGUGGCGAACAACCUCAUGCCAUUCGAGAAGAGCCCAAGGAGAACCGCCAAGCUCCCGCUCAGGACUCGAGCAAGUUUCGUCCUCGACACGCACGCAGCCGCAACCCCGGAGCCCGAGUGCGCUUCCCCGGAGACACUGUGGACGCUGGUACCCGAGCAGUAUCGGACCCGAUGGCGAUGCUAGCUGCCCAAGCCCGGGUUCGCGAGGCGCUCGGACUGCCCGAUCGCGUCCGCGCCGCUGUCUCAGCCGACAACUCGAUCGAUGAGGGUCACGUCGAGGCGCCUGCCGAUUCCUCGAUCAUCAGUGGCAGCAGCAGCGAUGACGACGAGGAAAGCUUCAGUGUCGAGAUCCAGAUUCAUCCUGAUGCACGCGCCGCUUGA